GCGGAGCGCGCGGCGAGCCGGCUGGCUGGGAUUGGCCUCCCGGGUUGGGAUCUCCCUGGUGGAACCAUGCGGGUGGCCAAGUGGCUGACGGGGCUGCUCUACCAGCUCUCGCUCUUCAUCACCAGGUCUUGGGAAGUUCACUUCCAUCCCAGGCAAGAAGCGCUAGUGAGGACACUGGCCUCAUACGAAGUGGUGACCCCAGCGCGGGUCAACGAGUUCGGUGAAGUGUUCCCUCAGAGCCACCACUUCAGUCGGAGGAAGCGCAGCUCCGAGGCGCCGGAGCCCGCGCCGCUCAGGACCCACUACCGAAUCAGUGCCUACGGGCAGCUCUUCCAGCUGAACCUGAGUGCGGACGCGGCCUUUCUGGCGCCGGGCUACACCGAGGUGCAUUUGGGAGCCCCUGCUCGUGGGGCGCAGGAAAGCAACGCGGCGACCCCCGACCUGCGCCACUGCUUCUACCGCGGCCAGGUCAAUGCUCGGGAGGAUCACACAGCUGUGUUCAGCCUCUGUGGAGGCCUGAUGGGAACAUUUAAAGCACAUGAUGGUGAAUAUUUCUUAGAACCUAUAAUGAAGGCAGAUGGGAGUGAACAUGAAGAUGACCAUAACAAGCCACAUCUUAUAUACAGACAGGAAUUAAAGAGGAACUAUUUUCUGCAUUCUCAUAAGCCUUGUGACAUUUCAGAGAGUCAAAUAAAGAAAACCACGUUACAAUUUCACAAUGGCAGCAACAUGAAUGAAGAUCUUAUUAUAAAAAAGGAAAUAGUUUUAGGACACCCCUCAAAAAAUAUAUCACUGGAAAAUGAAGGAAGUCGAUUACAUUCCAGGAAAAAACGUUUUUUAUCAUAUCCGAGAUACGUGGAAGUUAUGGUGACCGCUGAUGCUAAAAUGGUUCAUCACCAUGGACAGAACCUGCAGCACUAUGUGCUAACUCUGAUAUCCAUUGUUGCAGCAAUCUACAAGGACUCAAGUAUUGGAAAUCUUAUAAACAUAGUAAUUGUAAAAUUAAUUGUAAUUCAUAAUGAACAGGAAGGACCAGUCAUCAGUUUUAAUGCAGCUACCACAUUACGCAACUUUUGUUUGUGGCAACAAACCCAGAAUGUUCUUGACGAUGCUCACCCUUCCCAUCAUGAUACCGCUGUUCUUAUCACUAGGGAAGACAUUUGUGGAGCACGAGAGAAAUGCGACACAUUAGGCUUAGCAGAAUUAGGUACCUUGUGCGAUCCUUUACGGAGCUGCUCUAUCAGUGAAGAGAACGGACUCAGUGCUGCCUUCACCAUAGCCCACGAGCUUGGGCACGUAUUUAAUGUUCCCCAUGAUGAUAGUUUUAAAUGUAAGGAAACCGGAAUUAAACAUCAAUAUCACGUGAUGGCCCCAACUUUAAAUUACCACACGAGUCCUUGGACCUGGUCCAAGUGCAGUCAGAAAUAUAUCACCGAAUUCCUAGAUACUGGUCACGGGGAUUGCCUCCUUGACAAACCUAAUGGAAGAAUCUAUGACCUGUCUUCUCAACUUCCUGGAUUAAUGUAUGAUGUCAACAAGCAGUGUGAACUUAUGUUUGGUCCUGGAUCACAAGUGUGUCCCUAUUUGAAGCAGUGCAGGCGCCUCUGGUGCACGAGCGCAGAAGGAGUUCACAAGGGCUGCCGCACGCAACACAUGCCGCUGGCAGACGGCACCAGCUGCGGUCCUGGGAUGCAUUGCCACCAUGGCCUAUGUGUAAACAAAGAAAUGGAAACACGUCCUGUAGAUGGUGAAUGGGGACCAUGGGGACCUUACAGUUCUUGUUCAAGAACAUGUGGAGGUGGAAUCAAAAGCACAUCCAGACUCUGUAACCGCCCCGAGCCAAGAAACGGAGGAAAGUACUGUGUGGGCCGCAGGAUGAAAUUUCGGUCAUGUAACACUGAUUCAUGUCCAAAAGGCAAGCAAGAUUUUCGAGAGAAGCAGUGCUCCGAUUUCGAUGGUAAACACUUCAACAUCAAUGGUCUUCCUCCUAACGUGAGAUGGCUUCCAAAGUACAGCGGGAUUGCCAUAAAAGAUCGCUGUAAACUCUAUUGUCGGGUUGCUGGAACCACUAACUUCUACCAGCUGAAGGACAGGGUUGCCGAUGGCACCCCUUGUGGAACUGAAACUAAUGACAUCUGCGUUCAAGGCCUGUGUCGGCAAGCUGGCUGUGAUCAUGUGUUAAACUCCAAGGCCAGGAAAGACAAAUGUGGAGUGUGCGGUGGGGAUAAUUCAUCAUGCCGGACGAUGGCAGGGGUCUUCAACAGUGCUCAUUAUGGUUAUAAUGUUGUUGUAAAGAUUCCCUCAGGAGCAACAAACAUUGACAUUCUUCAGCACAGCUAUUCUGGAAAACCAGAAGAUGACAAUUACCUCGCAUUAUCUGACACUCAGGGGAACUUUCUUUUGAAUGGAAAUUUUGUUGUAAGUAAGGCAAAAAAAGAAAUCAAUGUACACGGAGCUAUUUUUGAAUACAGUGGUUCAAACAACUCUGUUGAAAGAAUUAACAGUACUGAUCGGCUGGAAGAAGAGCUUGUUUUGCAGGUUUUGUGCGUGGGUAAUUUAUACAACCCUGAUGUACGUUAUUCCUUCAAUGUCCCUGUGGAAGAGAAGAAGGACCUGUUCACGUGGGAUCCACACGGACCCUGGCAGGACUGCACCAGAAUGUGUCAAGGUCUCCACAGAAGAAAAAUUACCUGCAUACGUAAGACUGAUCUUAUGGUGGUGUCCGAUCAAAGAUGUGACCACCUACCCCUCCCAUUGUUCGUGACUGAAAGGUGCAAUACUGACUGUGAACUGAGGUGGCACAUCAUCGGCAAGAGUGAAUGUUCAUCCCACUGCGGUCAAGGACACAGGUCCUUGGAUGUGCACUGCAUGAGGUAUUCCGUUCACAAAGGGCAGACUGCUCCAGUAGAUGACCGCCACUGCAGUGACCAACUCAAACCUCCUACCCGAGAACCCUGCCACGGUGCCUGUGUGUUAGCAAGGUGGCAUUAUUCCGAAUGGUCCCAGUGUUCCAGGAGUUGUGGAGGAGGGGAAAGGUCUCGAGAAUCUUACUGUAUGAAUAACUUCGGCCACCGUCUUGCUGACCGAGAAUGCCAAGAGCGUCCCCAAGGGACCAGAGAGAAUUGCAAUGAAUUUUCCUGUCCCAGUUGGGCUACCAGUGAGUGGAGUGAGUGCCUGGUUACCUGUGGAAAAGGAGCAAAGCAGCGGCAGGUGUGGUGUGAGCUGAAUGAGGAUCAUUUGAGUGAUGGCUUCUGUGAUCCGAGCACCAAGCCUGAGUCUCUGAGACCCUGUGAGCUCCACACAUGUGCUUCUUGGCAAGUAGGACCGUGGGGUUCUUGCACAGCCACCUGUGGACACGGGUAUCAGAUGCGUGCUGUUAAAUGUGUCCACGAGCUACUUAGCGUGGUGUUGGAUGACAGAAUGUGCCAUGGAGCCAGUCGCCCUAGUGACAGGCAGGACUGCAUAGUGACACCUUGCCCAAUGAUCCCUAACAUUGGGGCCACUUCCUUACCAGCUGCUCCCAUGGGAAAGCUAGCACAAUGGCGAUAUGGUUCUUGGACUCCAUGCUCUGCGUCUUGUGGAAGAGGUAAUCAAGCCCGCUACGUGAGCUGUCGCGAUGUUCACGAUGGAAGAGCAGAUGAAUCAUAUUGCGCACAUUCGCCGAGACCUGCUGAAAUCUCUGUCUGUUUUAGCCCUUGUGGGGAGUGGCAAACAGGGAGUUGGUCACCUUGUUCAGCUUCCUGUGGCCCUGGAAAAGCAAAUCGACAAGUUUUAUGCAUCAGGUACCACCAGCCAAUUAAUGAGAACUACUGUGACCCUGAAGUCCGCCCUUCAGCCGAACAAGAAUGUGAAGCGCCAGCCUGCCCGCCUGUGUACAGCCACUUUCCGAGCCUCUCUGAGCAGCCAAACCAUUUUCCAGGCAGGAAUUUUCCAUUAACUCACAAACCCGAAGACGGUGAAAAGUGGGGGGCGCACCCAUCCAUCAGAGGAAACCAGUGGAGAACAGGCCCAUGGGGAUCAUGUUCCAGCAGUUGUGCGGGAGGUGUCCAGCGUCGAGUUGUGGUCUGCCAGGAUGAAGAUGGACAAAAUGCUCAUUACUGUGAUGCAGCCACCAAACCCCCAGAGUCAAAGCACUGUGACUCAGGACCUUGUCCACGGUGGGCCUUUGGAAGCUGGGGAGAAUGUACACAAACGUGUGGAGGAGGAAUGAAAUCGAGGUUCGUGGUGUGUCAGUUUCCCGAUGGGCAGCCGUCACAGGAGCGGAACUGUGCCAGCUUGGAGAAGCCCCCCAGCGUGGCGCAGUGCCACCUGCACGCCUGCCCGGAUGGUGCGGCGUGGCAGCGGGGACCGUGGAGAUCGUGUUCAGCUUCUUGUGGUAAAGGUUUCAAGUAUCGUGAGGUGCUUUGUAUUGACCGAAAUCAAGGGAAAUUAGAAGAAAAAUUUUGCAGUCAUCUACGGAAACCUCGAACUCACAAAGCUUGCAGAUCUGUCAGAUGCCCGUCAUGGAAAGCCAACAGAUGGAAAGAGUGCUCCGUGACCUGUGGCCCUGGGGUUCAGCAGAGGGACGUGUACUGCAGACUGAGAGGUGCUGGCCGGGUGGCUGAGGCCAUGUGUGACCUGUCCACCAGGCCUUCUUCUCAGAGGCAGUGCUGGCGCCAGGACUGCGGGCAGUACCAGUGGGUGGCAGGAGCGUGGUCGGAUUGUUCAACAUCAUGUAAGAAGAGAGAGACACAACGGCAAGUGCAGUGCACAGAUGCGCAAAACACUCAAGUGAAUGAAAGUUUCUGUGAUCCUUCAACCAGACCUCUUUCGAUCAAAAAGUGCCAGAACCUUCCCUGCAAGUAUAUUGUGGUAACUGGAGAGUCAUCUCAGUGUUCCGGUAACUGUGGCUUUAGUUACCCACGAAGGAUUAUGUAUUGCAUUAGAAUUCGAUCUAAUGAGAUAGAUAAGCUCAAUCAGCUUUGGCCUGUAGACUACCCAGAAUGCCCUGUGCUGCCUUCGCCUCAGGUUUACAAAUGCAAUUUUAGCAGCUGUUUGCGCAUGGCCACUUGGAAAGUUGGAAAAUGGAGCAAGUGCUCAGUGACUUGUGGAGCUGGGAUAAUGGAGAGAAGAGUGGGAUGCAUGGCUGAAAACGGUCAGUCCAGUGACUUAUGUUUAAAGCGUUUGAAGCCAGAUGCUCAAAAGAAAUGUUAUGUCAAUGACUGUAAAACAUUUACCAGCUGCAAAGAAAUCCAAGGGAAAAACAAUGUUACCAAGGAUGGCGAUUAUUACCUUAACAUUGAGGGAAGAAUAAUAAAGGUCUAUUGUGCAGGGAUGCACUUGGAGGACCCCAAGGAGUAUAUAUCAUUGGUCAAAGAAGAAGACAACUUUUCUGAAGUGUAUGGUUUUAGACUACAAAAUCCAUAUGAAUGUCCUUUUAAUGGAAGUAGGAGGCAAGACUGUGAAUGUACAAAUGACUACCUGGCUGCUGGACACACUGUUUUCAGCAAAAUACGAAUUGAUCUCACAUCUAUGCAAAUUAAAACUACAGACCUCCUAUUUGCUCAGACAACAUAUGGAAAAGCAGUUCCAUUCGCCACAGCGGGAGACUGCUACAGCGCUGCCAGAUGCCCACAGGGACAAUUCAGCAUUAACCUGGCUGGCACGGGGAUGAAGAUAUCCAGCACAGCCAGGUGGCUUGCUCAGGGGAGCUACGCCUCGGUCAUCAUACACAGAUCCCAGGAUGGAACCAAAGUCUAUGGCAGAUGUGGGGGUUUUUGUGGAAAGUGUGUUCCUCACCUGACUACAGGCCUCCCGAUUCAAGUAAUAUGAACAGUCAGCAGUGAGGACACUGUGUCCCAGAGAGGAACCUGCAAACAACCGGUGCUUAUUUCUUCACUUUCCUUCCUGAGAUGUCUAAGUCCAAAAUGUCUGUGCUUUUUUUUUCCAAGGGCUCAACAGGGAGUCAAAUCCCUGCUUGAUUUUUUUCAGGGCCUUCAAAAUAAACUUAACAGGUGUAUGACUGUAAUCAAGAUCUGCUUUUCUUAAAGGAUAUAACUUAUGGCAGAAUAUUCAGGUAUGUUUGAAUGAAUUAUACCAAGAUAAUGUUGCAGUUAAUAGCUUGAACUGGACCAGAGUUAUUCCUAUAAACACACCAGUAAAUCUCUACUCAGUAUCCUAUUUUACAAUGAAAUGUUUAUUCUACUUGUUAAAACAGAGCAAUUAAAAAUGAGGAAAAUGCACUUAUUUACAACUACCACAAACAUUAUUUAAUGUCAGGUGAAUAGAAAAUACAGUACUUUGAAAAAAAAGCACAUAGCCAUUAUACUUACUGAUACAGUAUAGAUGCCUUGUUUUAUAUUUCCUUUUAUUUUUAAUUGUGAAUUAUGGUGCUUCAAAUUUAAAAGUUCUAAAAAUGUGGUAUAUAAUUUUGUAUUAAAAAUGUGUGCUUGGGUUAAAUACUAAAAUAAGAACUUUUGUGGGUAUAAUACAGAAGAUAUAACAUAGUAGAUUUUGACUUAAAACACCUACCUCUAAUU